AUGCUUCGCCUGAGUUCAGAUGAAUCCUUCCACUUCGAACUCCUCCGGCUUCUCGCCCACUCCAGCUAUGGUGGCGCUGACGUAGGCGAGGUCCUUGCCAUGAGUUCUGAAAUAACUCCCGGCGACUUUGAAUCCUUUUCCGCCGUCUUCAACAGGAGAGCAGAUCGUAUCUUUGAACAGACGAAGAGCAUGACAAAUGAUAUUUCUAUCCGGGACGCCAUGUUCCGAGCAUCUACCUACUAUCGUGCUGCUGAUUUCUACAUCCACGGCAACUGGGAUGAUCCCCGCAUCAUUCCAUUGUGGGAUAAACAGACUCUCUGUUUCGACGAGGCUAUGGCCCGACUUCCAGUACCAGGUUAUCGCAAGGAGCUCCCAGGUCCGGAAUGCAACAUUCCCAUCAUAUUCUUCCCUGCCAGCAAGGACAGUGAGAAGCGGCCGACUCUCAUCCUCGGUAACGGAUAUGACGGAUCCAUGGAAGAAAUGUAUCACCUACAUGGUGCCGCUAUUCUUGAGCGUGGCUGGAAUGUGGUCUGCUACGAUGGGCCAGGACAGAUUUGCACCCGUCGCUAUCAGGGCAUCGGAUUUACUCAUGAGUGGGAGAAAGUUCUUUCGCCUGUUGUGGACUUCCUCGAAACCAUUCCCACUGUUGAUAUAACCAAGACUGGGGUGAUAGGGUUUUCUAUGUGCGGUCUAUUGGCGGCACGCGCUGCAGCUUUUGAGAAGCGCAUCGCUGUAGUUUUUAGCAUUGACGGACUGUACAAUUUCGUUGAUACCCCUGUUUUCGACCCUUCCCGUGGUUUUGCAGCUUUAAGUCAUCUGAAAGACUUUGAAUCUACCGCUGCUAUGUUUAACAAUUUGAGCAUUCCGACUACUGCUCGGUGGGCUUUGUCUCAUGGUCUCUGGGCUUUCAAUGUUAAAACCCCAGCUGAAUACCUCGAGAAAGCAAAGAAAAUUUCGUUGGUUGGAAUAACGGACAAAAUUGAAUGCCCGGUCUUUGUUGCUUGUGCUGCAGACGAUCACUUUUUCAAGGGACAGCCCGAGGCAAUGAAGGAUGCUCUCGGGGACAGGGCACAUUAUCAUGUUUUCACAGGCAAAGACGCUGCGGGAGAACAUUGCCAUGUUGGUGCUGCGAGGCAUUGCAAUCAAGUAUUACUCGACUGGUUUGAGGCGAAGAUUGUCAAAGCUUAG